CAUGUCUUUUGUGUCUAUGUUUAUAAAGCGUUCAUGGUCGUUCUAUAUAUUCUAUUUUCCCUCCAUUGUUUUUUAAUUUGCGUGCAAUUUUAAAAGAAAAUCAAUUGAUAAAACGUUUAUCAACUCUUCCAUUAUUGUUUACUUUCCAAAGUUCAGGAUGCGGAAAGUAUCAAAGAGUCGUACGGACGAUGAUAUUGUUUCAUCAACGAAUGGAUCUGGAUCUAUAAGCAAUGAAGAGCAUCAGGAAGCGGAUCAAUCGGUACAUGACGAAAAAGAGUCUAAUGAUAAAUUAGACAGUAAUGAUUUUGAAAGUGAAUCUGAAAAGCCUAAAGAAUCAACUAAGAAAACUAAAGCAAAAAGUAAAUCGAAGAAAAAAAAGAUUGAUAAAAGCAACAACAAAAAAGACGCCGAGGAAGAGUUUGAGGUGGAGAAAAUUGUAGAUUCCAAGAGAAUCAAGGGCAAAUUGCAUUACUUAAUUCGUUGGAAGGGAUAUUCUGUUGAUAGUGACACUUGGGAGCCUGCUCAUACUCUAUCAUGCCCUGACUUGAUCAACAAGUUUAAUGAAGAAAAGGAAAACUCCAAAAACACACCCAAGAGUAACAAAAAGAGAAAAGGUGUAAAGAAAGAGAGCAAAUCACCACCCAAAAAAUCUAAAACAGAAUGGGAUGGAAAAAAUGCAGAUGCGAAUGCUGAGUAUGAGGUGGAACGUAUUCUUGAAGUACAUCACAAAAAGAAUGGUGCUAGAGAAUUUCUUAUUCAUUGGAAGGGAUGGGCCAGCCAGUUUGAUUCGUGGGAACCUGAAAGCAAUCUAAAUUGCCCCGAAUUAAUAAAGAAAUUCAUGGACAGGGUGGAAGCCGCUCGCUCGUCGGAGUCUAGAAAUCUCAGGGUGGCACCGGAAACAACACAUCGUUUUACUUUGCAAGAUCCAUCGUCAGGCCGCCGACUCAGCAAGCGUAGAGGGCAACGUCAACGUGUGCGAUAUGAUAAUGCUGAGUAAAGUUUUUAAGAAUGGAUUAUUAUGAUAAUGCUGAGAAAAGUUUUUAAGAAUGGAUUAUUAUAUUACUAUUUAAGCAUAUAGUGCACAUAACAAAGUGCGCCAUUAAUUUUUGUUUAAAGGCAAUGACUAGACUUUAUGAGCAGUGUCAAUGAAUAGUGAUGACUUACACUAAACAGAAACACAUUCUCUAAAAGGACUAUUUCGAAACAAGUUUAACGAUAACUUCUUAUUAUGAUAAAUAAAAUGUAGAGAUUCUCGUUUAAAGUGAUGGAGUUGAUAUGAAUAAGUAAUAGUAAUAAAUAUAUGUAUUUUUAAAAUAAUGUUAUGUCUAACCAUAUUGUUGACUUUGUGGUUUUGUCGUACGAACGCAAUAAUAAACAUUUCGUACAUUUGUACGAUGAUAAGCAGUAAUUUAAA